GUCAUGUUGAAGUAAGUAUAUAGAGUGAAUAUAUAUUGAAAGGACAUUUCAUCAAGAUCUGGAAUUUCGCAAUCCCAUAGUCCACCAACGCCCACUGCAAGCAACCACUUUAAUAUGUCAGACACAUCACAUUUUACCUAUAUACCCGCAGGGGCGCUCGCUUCGCGGAGAAUUAUUGAAGAAUCUUCAUACAGAACCACUCCAGCUCAAUCCUCUCAAGAUAAAACACCGCCUUGUGGAGAGGCAACAUACAAGCAUUCAAUUGGGGAAAAAGAGACUGAAGCUAUCAACGCGGCUCUUCGAAAUCGAACCAAUGCCGAGGCCCUGGAAGACCAGGCAGCUGGCGGCUGCGAAUCCUCGCCAGAUGAAAACAACGACCAACUGCAUAUGAAAGUUAAGGGUGGAGAAGGCAAGGCAAAAGGGUUCCCGAUGUGUAAAAUGCAAGAUUUUCGAACGGAAGGUGUACACAAUAUAUACAACAGUCGACCCAGAACUGCCUGAGCACCAUUUAUCUCGUACAAUCUUUCAAACAGCAAAACCGAGUCUGAAAAUCCUUUACUUGUUAUAGCCUAUUUUAGUUCUACGGCCCGGAGCCUUCUUGCUUAUAAAAUAUCUUCAAUAUUGGGUCGACAAUUCAUGGUCGCUAACUUGAAUAUAAAAUGAAAUAUUAGAAAAUUUGCAGGAUUGAAGACAGUAUUUGUCUAGGCCUCAACAUGGG